GCAACUCACCUGCACCUCUCAAUUAAAAACGUUCCAUCUCUAUAUAGUCAAUAAGUCCACUAUAUCACAAAGUCACCAGUAUAUCAUCACAGUUAAACCAGAAAUUUAAAGAGCUCUCUGCUUCUACAGUCAGCAUUCUCUCUCAGUUAGCUGCUGACAAGCUUUCAUGGUUCAGGUGUGGAACCCAAAUGGGAAAUACAGAGUUGUCAGCACAAAACCCAUGCCUGGAACUCGCUGGAUCAAUCUCUUAAUUGAACAAGACUGCAGAGUUGAAAUAUGUACCCGGAAGAAAACAAUUCUGUCUGUCGAGGAUAUCAUUGCUCUGAUUGGGGAUAAGUGUGAUGGAGUUAUUGGACAGUUGACUGAAGACUGGGGAGAGACUUUGUUCUCAGCACUGAGCAGAGCAGGAGGCAAAGCUUUCAGUAACAUGGCUGUUGGCUAUAACAAUGUUGAUGUCAAUGCUGCUAACAAGUAUGGGGUUGCUGUUGGAAACACUCCUGGAGUACUUACAGAAACUACAGCAGAGCUGGCAGCUUCACUUUCUUUAUCAGCUGCUCGAAGAAUAGUUGAAGCAGAUGAAUUUAUGAGGGCUGGCUUAUAUGACGGAUGGCUUCCUAAUCUGUUUGUGGGAAACUUGCUCAAAGGGCAGACUGUUGGAGUGAUUGGAGCUGGUCGUAUAGGUUCUGCAUAUGCCAGAAUGAUGGUUGAAGGUUUCAAGAUGAACCUGAUUUACUAUGACCUUUACCAGGCUACACGGCUAGAAAAGUUUGUUACAGCUUAUGCUGAGUUCCUAAAAGCCAAUGGUGAACAGCCCGUGACUUGGAAAAGAGCAGCAAGCAUGGAUGAGGUGCUCCGAGAAGCAGAUGUCAUAAGCCUUCACCCAAUUCUGGAUAAAACCACUUAUCAUCUGGUCAACAAAGAAAGACUGUCAAUUAUGAAGAAGGAAGCAAUCCUUGUAAACUGUAGCAGAGGGCCUGUGAUUGAUGAAGUUGCUCUUGUAGAGCAUUUGAAACAAAAUCCUAUGUUUCGAGUUGGUCUGGAUGUGUUUGAGGAUGAGCCUUACAUGAAACCUGGGCUUGCUGACUUGAAGAAUGCUGUUGUGGUACCUCACAUUGCUUCUGCUUCCAAGUGGACUCGUGAAGGAAUGGCUACACUGGCUGCUCUCAAUGUUCUGGGAAAAAUUAAAGGAUAUCCAGUUUGGUCAGAUCCAAACCGGAUAGAACCAUUCCUCAACGAAAAUGUUCCACCUCCAGCUGCCAGUCCUAGCAUUGUUAAUUCAAAAUCCUUGGGUUUACCAGUUUCAAGGCUGUGAGAGCAUUGAUGUGAUGUGAUGUGAAUGGAUACAGAUACCCUAGUACAGUUCUCAAGAGUACUAAGUUAACGAAAGUGUUAUAUUUUAAGGAAGAAUGCGGACAAACAUGUAUCAACUAUGUUGUCUUGUCUUGUAAAAUACUGGCUUCAAAAUCCUGUUAUAUAUAUGAGAUGAGAGGUUGUUUAUUAAGGUUUUCA